UCUGUUUACAGCCAGCCAGCGCGGGUUCAGAUGGUCGCCAGUCGCAGGUAGCUGGAGUUAAACAAAAUGAACGACACAAGACACCACGGAGCCGCGCUUGAUGGCAUUACAAUGCACAAUUUUUCGGAGAAGAUUUUGGAGCAGGUCGUACACUUCCACGUUAUGAAGCUCAGCGGCGGGUUUUUCCUGUGGGUGGGCUCGACUCCGGUCCUGUCCAACCUGGCGGUCUCAAUGAGCAGCAAAUAUGAUUCAAUGCCUUUAUCUUCAUUAGUCAUGGGGGACCCAUCCGAUACUGCUCCAAAUUCCUUGGCACAGAGAUUAGCAAAGAAGACCAAAAAGCAAGUUUUUGUGAGUUGCAGUCUUCCGAUGACAGAUUCCAACCUCAGUCUUCUGGUGGAGAACAGGAUCAAGAAGGAGCUGGAGCUUCACCCUGAACACUUUUGAACACAUCUGAUGGUGUAUUGAGCUCUGAGGACAUGUUUGGCAACAUAAAAUAGCAGGUGCUUCUCCUGUUCUUUGGACCUUCAUGCUCCCUCUGAUACUGUCAUUGCACUCCAACACAAUAACCACCAAAGUCACAUCAAGUGUUCUUUUAUUGACAUAAUAAAUUAAGUGGUUUAUUAUCAAAACAUGUAGGCCUAUGGCUUUUUGUACAAAUGCAUCAUAUUAAAAAAUAACACUUAGA